UUCUCUUUCUCUCUCUCUCGCUCUCUCUCUCUCUACAGUGAGCACUAGAGAAUAGAGAAAGCCAUUAACACAUUCUCAAUCUCCGAACCCAAAACCAAGAUGGAUGAUCCGACUCCGAAACUCCUCACCAUCUCCGACCUAAUACACCGUAAUCGUCCGAUCACCGCCACCUCAUCUCUCCACUCCCGCCUUCCCGGCCGUCCGAUCUCUCCCAAACCCAAACCCAAACCCAAACACAAACCUAAACCCCCAAAUCCCACCCAUUUAAACCCUAACCCUAAAACUCUCACUCCUCUCAACAACCCAGCCACCAUGAUCGGAACCCUAACCCUCCCAAUCAACACCUCUCCCUCAAAUCCAAACCCUAAUUUUCGAUGCCCCUACAACAAUAACAAUUGCCUCCAGUUCUCCGAUGAUUCGGCUUCGAUCUGCUGCGACGUUCUCGACCUCGAUGUUCGGAUCAUCGGCAAGAAAAUCCGCGUCCUCGCUUGGAAUUUCAUUCCCUUGAAGCGCGGCGGCUGGUUCUUGGAGAUUAUCAAAUGGAGUUUCCUCGAAUCGAGUGGGCCCGGGCUCGGUCGGUGUUCGAAUGUGGAUACAUUUCCAUUGGUUUCAGGUUCUUCAUCUACCACCACUGACGCUGAUCCCAAAGCUUGGCAUCGAAUUCACGGUGCUCUAGAGUUUAUUAGUCCUGUUUCUGUGGUUCCAUGCAAUAAAAGAGGUGUAAAUUCAAGUCUUCGAGGUUUUUUACUUCAAGUUAUAGCUUGUGAAUGUAAAUUGUGUAGUUCAAAGAGUUCUAAAUUGGGUUUGAAUGAUUCCAUUCGAGAACAUGAUACUCAUUCUUAUACAAAACCCGUGUUUGUGUACUUUUGUGGUUCUGCUUCAUUUUGGCAUCCUGUAAUUGUGAAACUUAUUGGGAAGAUUGUGAUGGUCUCGGGGUUGAAUAUGAAGUUGGUGUAUAUAGGAAAGAAAGAGUCUCGGUUGAUGUAUGUGACUACGGAGAAAUCUGCUUUGCAUUUGUGUAGAUUGUCUAAGAAAUGGGCACUGCGUGAAAAACGUGUGAUGGAGGGGAAAGGAGAAUGUGGUUCGUAUAAGGGCGUAAUUAGAGGUGUGUACAUGGAAGGGAUGGUUGUUGAGCUGGACAAUGAAGUGUGGCUUUUGUUGACUGAGCAUUUACUAACUCCACCGCAUAGUCUUAGGGUUGGCGCUCUUAUAUCUGUGAGAAAUGUUCAUUUUGUGAAUCCAAAAUUUUCUUGGAAGAAAAUGCUUAUACUGGGGGCUUGCUUCAAGACUAGCAUUGUUGUGGAAUCCUUCUCCCCAUUGGAAACUGGGAGUCAUGUAGUUUCACAAUUGCAAAGUAUGCUGGGGAAGUUUGUUGAGUCCCUAGUAUUUUCUGCUCGACUAUGGGUAUUACUUGUCAUUUCAUGCUUUGGGAAAAAGUUUGCUGGUAUGACAAAUGAGGAGAUUUUGGGAUCAAAACAUAAGGAAGGACUGGCUCAGGUCUAUGCUAGUUUACAUUUACCUCCGCCAGCGUUUCGAUCUCGGCAUGGAUCAUUCGUGGAAGUAUGUAAUCAUGACCAGUGUGGCUGUGGUAGUGAAGUGCAUUCUAAUAACCUCAAAUUGGUGAUGCCCAUAUCUAGUUUUAUCUGUCACUGUGAGGCCACAUGGAUGAGAAUGCUACAACGGGAAAAUGACUGUAAAAAUAUUUGUGAGAACAACCAAUUUAACCUUCAAUCUUGUGAAGGGAGAUUUUAUGGCCGAUCAAUCAAGAAAAUAAUUACAAGUGAAGAUAUGGGCAUUAGUUUGCUUGGAAGUCUAAAGGUAAUUGACUAUAGUCUUAUUAUUGAAGGUGAACCUCAUUUGAUAGAUCAUUUGGGUUUGCUUGAUAAUGAGUCAGUCUCAUGCAGAAGUAUAUUUCAGUGCAUCCCACUGGCAAGAGAUAUAAACCUAGCAGUCUAUAUUUAUUUUCAUUUGAGGGAUGCAACCUGCAGAAAUCUUCCCUUUUAUCCUUGUAUUGACAAAAAGGAUGAUUUUGAGAAACUUGAAGGCGGAGCAUUUCAUCUACUUCGCGUAACACACAAAUUUCCUGUGUUGCACAAGCUUAAUGGUGAUAUGGCUGUAUCAAACACGUCAAGUCUAUUUGUUGAGGCCAUAAUUUUGCCUUGGGAUUUAUUUCUCAACGGGGAUGGGCUUCCAACAAAGGUUUCAAUGGAACAGCUGGAGGAACCCAUGGAAUGUUGUGCUGGUGAAAAUUACCAGGAGCAUGCUUCUCUCAAGAGACGUAAAAUUGAUCAUGCAUCAAUCAAAGCAUUGAGUGCAGCUGUAAUGUAUGAUUGCAGCAAACCUGACCAUGGACUGAGUUCUUGUUCUAAUUCUUAUGCUCAAUUCAAUGAGGAGCUGAUGUCUUGCAACUUGAGUUCUUACCAAAAAAUUUCUUGUUUGAUCACUGUUAGAGGUGUUAACUGUAAUAGCAUGGUUAGUUCAGGUACCUUGCAGUGCACAAGUUCCAGUUUAAAUGGUGGUGGUGGUUGCAGACCAAGUGCACGAAAGGUAUUGCUGGAGAUCAAGUCUGAAAGUUUUUUCAAGUAUCAGUUUUUGCAGAUUGGUGGUUAUUACAUCACAAAACAUCAUGGAGAUGAUUCUUUUUGUAAAAAGGGUUCUGGUUACGUCAGUGAUGCUAAAGUUCUUCUUAAUUCUGGAAUACAUAUGUGGAGCCUUUCAUAUGCUUUUGAUGAGGUUUUUCCUGAUAGUAAUUCAUCUGACCACCGGGUAUUCAGUAGUUCUACUUUCAGCAAUAAUGAGGCUCUCUCUGAAAAUAAACUUGAACACCUGCAGGUUUUUACAGAAAAUUCUCCUAGCACUUGUUCAGAUGUUCAUAUUAUUUUCCCUGCAAAUGUAAGAGAUAUCUUGGAGGCAAAUCUUGGGGGUUUGGAAGAUGGCCUGGUCAAACCAAUUGUGCCACCUAAAGAAAUCACUAAUGAUUCUCUGUCUAUGGCAUCCACUGAUUGUAGUUGCCUAUUUCCUGAGGGAAAUUUAUCAUCUUUACGGGGGCAGGUGGUUUCCUUUUAUAGCAUGGACCAUAGUUCCAUUGAUGCACAUCUGAGCUGUGAAAGCCUUGGUGAUAUUCUCCAGACAAGAUUCUUUCAGGGAGUUAUAAGAAGUUUUUGUAUUCAUGUUUUGGUUGACCAUCACAUCGUGAGGAUCUGUGGUUCCCUGAAUAAACGCGCUAUUCCUAUUGGAUUUGGACCUGGAGCAUAUGCAACAUUCCAUCGAAUUCUUGACAGGGGGGGAAAGAAUAGCUUUAUGUUGACACCUGUAACAUUUAUUGUAAUAAACUCCAUCAGUGCAGUCAGUGAACCCUACAAUGACAAAAAUAUCAAUUCUUGGCCUGCUUCAGAUGUGCACAAUGAUGCUGCUCCAGAUACUGUUUCUUCAGGACUGAUUUCUGAUUUGAUUCAAAGAGUGGAUUGCAAGCCAAUGAGGUUUCGUUGCAGGGUUGUUGCUAUCCAUACACUGGUUCUGGAGAAGAGGAGGAAUGUAAAAUAUGAUGAUUUACAAUCAAAAGAUACCUCUAGGACACCCUUUGUUGACAUCCCAUUUGCUGGUUUUGUUUUGGAUGAUGGGUCAUCCUCUUCUUUUUGCUGGGCCAACGCUGAAAGAGCAGCAACCUUGCUGAGGCUGCAUGAAAAACUCCCACAGGGAGCUUUUGAAAACAGUGGCUGGACUUCAAAGUGGGCUCAGAUAGAUGACAAUGCCUGUAGCACAAUCAUUUAUCAUAUUGAGAGAAUAAUCAGGAACCAUGAUAGAAUUACAGUGAAGAAUCAUGGGUCAAUGUUUGAUUCUUCUUAUCAAGACCUUGCUGUUUCUGUCAGUUCAGAUAACGCCCUCAGUUGCUCAGAUGAGAACCUCCUUAAGUUCAUAAUCUUCAAUGCUUGCUUUGGCACAUUCUGGAAUGUUGUUGCAAGCGUGAUGGAUCCAAGUACUGUUAGGCAACUGGGGAAAGAACACCUUUCAGGAAUGGGGCCGACUGUGCAUGCCAUACAAAACAUAUGGGCUAUGGAAGUUUGUUACUCAAACCAACUUACUGAUGGCAGGUAUUUGAUCCAAGAACUGCUUAAUAGAUAAUUGUUUUAUGGCCUAUGUGUUUGUUCACAGUUGGUCUUAAGCCCACACAAAGGUGGAGGGUUGCGGAAGGUUGACGGCAAAUGUAAAAUUUAGUUACUUUUCAAGAAUGUAUCAUAUUGUUGAAAAGUCUUGGGAUUAAGGAUUUGUUGUUAGUAGCCAACUAUAGGUUGCAGGGUCUUUUUUUUAAAAGGAGGUAGAAAACCAUAUAUGUUGAAAUAUAAAAUCAAUGUCUAACUAGUUCGAUGA